GUCGUCACUGGCAAGGCAGCACCAUCAGCUCCACCAAAAGCAGUUGCUGAUGCGUGGGACGCUUUCGAUGACCUGGAGGCGGGGCACCAAGAUGCCGACACCGAGUCCAUGUACGAGCCUGGCGCGCAGGCGCCAUCCGCGCCCGGAUCGGCUGACGUGAGGGACGCCUUCGAUGCUGUGGAGGCGCAGGACAGGGCAGCUGACGCAGAGUCCAUGUACGAGCCUGGAGCAAAGGCCAGCACUGCUACAGCAGCCACUGGAACGCCGCCAAAGGCAGUUGCUGAUACGUGGGACGCUUGCAAUGAAGUGGAGGUCGGCAGCCGUAUUGCAGCGCCUUCACAGCCACCAAAAUCAGUCGAUGCCGUCGAGGCCGGUACUGACAUGGCGGCUUCUUCCGAGCCACCAAAGGCGGCUGCCGACGCAUGGGACGCCUUCGAUGCCUGGGAGGCUGCCGACUUGCAUCAGAACAAGCCCCAACAUCCUGACAAUGAUGGGAAGGGCCUGUGUAAGUUCGACGUGGAGGCAUUAGAGAAGCUUUCCAUGCAGUCGCAGCUGGUUGCCUUGGGGCUACUCUCUGAAGAUGAGGAGAUGUCUGAUCACGAGCGCCUGGAGGAAAACGUGCACAAGCAGCCCAUCUCAUUGCCUGCUGCUCCGGAGGCUGCAGUCAACCUCGACGAGCUCGAGGACAUGGAAAUUGUCUCCAAUGCCAGUGAUGAC